AUGGGUCUAGUAAAGGUCGUUAAGAACAAGGCUUACUUCAAGCGGUAUCAGGUGAAGUUAAAGCGAAGACGACAAGGAAAGACCGACUACUAUGCACGAAAGAGGCUUACUGUACAGGACAAGAACAAGUACAACACGCCUAAGUACCGUCUAAUUGUGCGUUUCACAAACAAGGAUGUUAUUGCACAGAUUGCGUACUCGAAAAUUGAAGGAGACGUCAUCGUAGCUUCAGCCUACUCGCACGAGCUUCCAGCCUUCGGCAUCAAGGUUGGUCUUACCAAUUACGCUGCUGGAUACGCCACAGGCUUGUUGCUUGCCCGCCGUCACUUGAAGAACCUCCAGCUGGACCAGACGUUUAAGGGUCAAGAAGAUGUCAACGGUGAAUUCUACACCGUUGAGAGCGAGGGAGGUCGUAAUCCAUUCAAAGCUGUGCUCGACGUUGGAUUGGCUCGUACCACCACCGGAUGCAAGGUCUUUGCUGUUAUGAAGGGAGUUGCUGAUGGUGGAAUCGAAGUUCCUCACAGUGAGAACAGAUUCUUCGGUUACGAUUCUGAAUCCAAGAAGUACGAUGCCGAGGCCCACCGUGAUCGCAUUUUCGGAAAGCACGUCGCCGAGUACAUGCGUACACUCAAGGAGGAGGAUGAGGAUGCCUACAAGAGGCAGUUCUCUCAGUUCAUCGCCAAUGGAAUAACUGCUGAUAACUUGGAAGAGAUGUACAAAAAGGGACACGAAGCCAUCCGCGCCAACCCGGACCGUAAAACGAAGCCAGCCAAGAAGCCUACAGGAGAGCCUAAAAGAUUUACCGCUAAGAAGAUCAGUUUGGAAAAGAGAAAAGAACGUAUCGCUGAGAAGAAGGCUUUAUUGCUUCAACUAAAGGCCCAACAAGAAGCAAUGUAA